GUUAUUGCUUUAAUAAUAAAAUAUUAUUUUAUUAAAUCAAUUAAUAUCAGGUCAUUAUGUACAUUUUUAUCGUACUUCAAAGUUAUUCGGCAUAGUCAUUUUUUCUUUGUUUACGGAGCUGUCGACUGCAAAGUAACCUUUUCAAUUUUACUAGACUUUUUUAAUUUUUUAAUGAAAAUAUGGAUCUACGAAGUGACAAGGCACAAGAUUUUGUUGCUUUUGCGAGGAACAUGAUCGAGAAUGAAAAAAAAGUUAAAUCUAUUCAGCUAAAGUGGUUUCGCCGAUAUCAAUGGUUGUUCGAUGAGAACAAAAAUGUAAAGGACGAGUUGAAUAAACUGUUCAAAGAAAGUUGCGUUGCAGCAAGCAUAGCUCCUGCGCAGGUCGAGGAUACAAGAUCUUGUCUUCCGGUACCGGAAACCACCAGCGGCAUGUAUGGAUGGCUUGCCAUCAAACCUGAAUUUCGUCUGGAAAAAUAUGGAUCAUACAUAGUAAACUAUCCUAACCCCAUGGACGAAGUGAUAUUACUUCCAGGAGAUAUUCCAACACUGGCAGCUGGUAAAGGAUUUUUGAACGCUGCAGGGGAGCUGUUUUCGCGCGUAGUAUUGACAUUUCUCUAAAGCUGGGAUACUUAUCCAAUCU